CUUCCGUAUAUUUUCUGUAGUUCGUCCCGAUUUGCCAACAGUUUCUCUUUCCGCAUCUUUUUACCCCACAGGAAGUUGGUAGCAGACUGCACAGGAUUUCUGAGAGAUAGUCUGCCCGUGUUGAGCUUGUGGCGUGAAUGAAAUCGCUCUGAGGCUGGACCAUCCUCCGCUUCCGCCAGUACUCCGAACAACGCCAUGUCGGUUGCUAUCCACCUAGACCGGCCGCACAAACAUCUCACCAACCUCGACUACCUCACUGGAAAGGUUAUCCUCUCUCUGCAAUCUGAGACUUCGGUGGCCGGUAUCCAGGUCAAAUUAGAGGCAGAGAGUCGCACGCGACUUGCUGGGCCCAAGUACCCGCAUAAUGAGCACUCAGACAAGAAACGCACAGAGCUUGAAGUCCACAAGCUUCUGUAUAAGGUAACAGACCUCUUUCCAGACCCAGCGCUGGUCAGUACUCAAUCGUCUCCUACUACUGCCUGGACAUUCGCCCCAGGUAGAUAUGAGUAUCCCUUCCAGUUCAAGUUUCCAUUCAAUAAUUCGUGCAACCUGCACAACAGCAUGCUCACCAAUCUCAAUAUUUCUGGGCUCAAGGUUGAAAUGGCCAAGCAGGCGAAUCGUCAUGUGAAACGAACUCUUCCUCCAUCCCUGUCAGGUUUUCCGGGCAUGGCCGAAAUAAAGUAUUAUGUGAAAGCUACCGUUGUUCGUCCUCAGUUCUACAAAGAGAACCUUCGAGCAAUCACUAACCUGACUUUUCUUCCUAUCGAGCCGCCAAGGACGGGUAAUCCCAGGGAAGAAGCGUAUGCAAGACGGCAACAUCAGUUCGCUAGCGGCCCGACACCAUCGCCAAAAAGUCUGUUUCACAGGAGUUCAAAAGCAUCUUUAAGGGAUCUUGAAGCGACAUCUCUCCGCGUUUCGGCUGAACUACGUCUACCGAACCCUUCGAUUCUCACCUGCAAUGAGCCCAUCCCAAUGCGUAUUCUGGUCAAAAAGUUGUCUGAAUCAUUUGAGACUGUCUUCUUGCAGAUGCUACAGAUUGAGUUGCUAUCUUAUACCUAUAUUCAGGCGCAAGAUCUCAAACGAACAGAGACAGGCUCUUGGGUGAUCAUGAGUCGUAGCAAUAUGGCGAUGUCUCUUGGGAGAGGUGGUGAUCCAGCAGGCACUGAGUGGAGCGUUGACUCUAGUCUAUGGAACCGCUUGCCCUUACCUCCUUCAGUUGCUCCAUCCUUUCAAACGUGCAACAUCUCGAGGAGCUACGAGCUUGAGGUACGGGUUGGAUUAGCUCACGGCACGGUAGGGAACUUGAAAUCACAACUGAUCAUCCUCCCUCUGAGGGUGCCUGUUCGAGUAUAUUCUGGAGUCGCCCCGCCAGCAGCAUUGCUAGAGGCAAUGGCGACAAAUACGCAAGAUAAGCCUAAGCGUCCCAUUCUCACACCAAGCUCGCCGUGGACAGAAGAUACGGAGCGACCACCAAUACCCCCAAGGCCAACUGCGGCUCUGGCCCCCAUCAACUCAGACGAAUUCCAGGAGGAAGCUCCUCCAAGUUACGAGGAUGCGAUGGCUGAAACUCUGAGUCCUUUGGAAGGCCCUCGUCGCGAGUAUUACCCACCAGAUGCUUCUUCUUGUUCUUCUUCUUUCAGAUCCACCGUUGAACCCGGAGCUGAUGCAAAGUCGCCAGUUGGAGGAGCCCCUAGGACGUCCGGCGGAAUCUAUGGCAACCCAGGAGCGAACUCGUCUUCCGAAUCAUUCGAUAUGCUCCCUUCAUCACCUCCAGAGUCUCGGUCAGGGUCACCUCUGGGGCCCCCCGUUGCCCGGCAGCAGAGUGUACUCAAGAUCCACAAGGCGCCACUUCCGGUGGAAGACAGCCCUCCUCAGUACCGGCUGGUAGCUGAAAACCCGCAACCGGCCCAAGGACAGGAUUCACAAAGACAAUCGCGACGAAUGAACCUUGGAGUACCCAGCAGGAAACCAGUACCAAGUCCGAGCCGAGCUAACACGCAAGCUAAUACGCAGGCGAAACCCUGA